UUUUUCCUCCCCCUGUGUGUUAAUUAUUUUAGCCCCUUUCCCCUUUCGAUGUGCGGCUUUGGACAUGCGGAGGCUACUGCAACCGUGUUGGUGGAUCUUUUUCUUGAAAAUCACCAGCUCCGUGCUCCAUGAUGUGGUGUGCUUCCCCGCUCUGACCGAAGGUUACGUGGGCUCUCUGCACGAGAACAGACAUGGGAGUUCUGUGCAGAUCCGGAGGAGAAAGGCUUCAGGGGAUCCCUACUGGGCCUACUCGGGUACCUAUGGUCCCGAGCACUGGGUGGCUUCCAGCGAGAAGUGUGGGGGGUCUCACCAGUCUCCCAUAGACAUCGUAGAYCACCUGGCCCACGUCGGGGAUGAGUAUCAAGAGCUGCAGCUGGAUGGUUUUGACAAUGAAUCUUCAAACAAGACUUGGAUGAAAAACACAGGAAAAACGGUUGCUAUCCUGCUGAAGGACGAUUAUUUUGUCAGUGGUGCUGGGUUACCGGGCAGAUUCAAGGCAGAGAAAGUGGAGUUUCACUGGGGCCAAAGCAACGGAUCAGCUGGCUCUGAACACAGCAUCAACGGCAGGAGGUUCCCUGUUGAG